UGUUUACCUGGGAGCUUGGAGGAUCCAAAAAUCGUGACACAUCAUAAGUUGAUACAUGCGACUUCUGAGAAGGUGCUGACAGACACAAAAACAGUGUUGGAGGAAAACAUUCAGGACAGAGAUGUCUUGCUUUUGGUAAAGAAGCGUGCACCACCUCCGGUCCCUAAAAUGGCAGAUGUGUCAGCAGAGGAGAAGAGGAAACAAGAGCAGAAGGCUCCUGAUAAGGAUGCUAUUCUGAAAGCAACUGCGAAUCUGCCCUCUCGCAAUGUGGAUCGCACUGUGGCCCAUCACAACAUGAGAGAUUUCCAGACAGAGCUCCGGAAGAUCUUGGUGUCUCUUAUAGAAGUUGCACAGAAAUUGCUAGCACUGAACCCAGACGCAGUUGAACUAUUUAAGAAGGCAAAUGCCAUGCUGGAUGAGGAUGAGGAAGACAGAGUGGAUGAGAUAGCUCUGCGACAGCUUACAGAAAUGGGGUUUCCAGAAAGCAGAGCCGUCAAAGCACUUCGAUUAAAUCA